AUGUGAAAAUGAAGACACCUGAGUUAUACGGACUGAUCAACUAUGGAGUUUUGAAAAAUCACGUCAAAGAAAAUGAUCCACAGUUUGGAAGGUGUCUCAAUGAAUUAAUUCUUCAUGGGGUUGGCAAAAUCCGAACGCCAAUUUGCACAUAUCUGAAGAAAAUAAAUAGAAUUGAAGAUAGGCAGGCGCCUGAAGCAGCAGUAUCUCAGAAGAUACCACAUCAAGUCACCCUAGAGCUUACACCCAGAAACAGCAAGGCCUGGGCGAAAGUGCAAGGCAUGUCCCAGAAUCCACGAGUGAGGUUCAAGUUGACGGCAAACCGAACCUUGGAGUCAGUCUUCAAAUACUUAGAUAAAAAGUGGAAGUCACGCAGAGUCAGACUUAAAGAGAGCCUUGGUGCAACAGAAGAACUGGAGGAAGAACUAGUUUGCUUUCUGCAUCCAUCCUGCAAAAUAACUCCAGUGAAACUGAUCCCACUGGAGCAAGAAAAAGUGGAUGUUACAUUCACUAGUUACAGGGAAAAUAUUCUCCAAGCUGAAAAAUCAAAUGAAAAUAAAGACAAACCAAAGAUUGCUGGAGUAGAUGAACAGGGGAAGGUGAUCGAGUCCUCUGAAAUAUACCCCAGUUCCAAACCCAAGGAGAGUGUAGACUUGAUGGUUGUUGAUCAGCCUGGUUAUAAAUUUGACAAUGACCCCCGAUCAGCUUUUAUGCACCUACUAACUACUGGUCCUGAUUGCCUCAAUGAUCCCUCAGGAGUACGUCAGGCAGGGGAUCAGUUUUCCCAGGCAGCUGCACCAGCUGGGCCCGUGCCUUCAACAGUUGUUUUGGAGGAUGAAAAUGCAAUGUUCCCUGACUCCUCGCCCUUCUCGCCAUCUAGCUCAUUCACUGAAACAUCCAAAUCAUCUGUGAUAACACCAUCUUCUCCAUCACCAGAGUCAUCCUUGCCCCAUCCAUCAGCGUCUGUGAUAUCCUCGCCUACAGUUGGCAAAAAGAAGACUGCAAAAUCAUCAAAGAAAACAGUAACUGCCGAAGAUGGCAUGCUGCCUUUAGAUAACUGUGAUAAUACAGUGCCUGUCAGUGAUAGUUCAUCCUCUCCUACAAAAACUGACCCUUCAGCAUCUACCCAGGAGUUAAAAGAGAACCUGGAGAAGGAAAUCGUGAGAAUAACUACUUUGACCGGCGAAGGCUUCACGUUAAAGACCUCUAACACCAUCACACUUUUGCACCUAAGCUUAAUUCUAGGCCGGGAGAGUGUGAUUCGGCUGGAGUACGAGUGGAGAGAGAGAAGGCCUUCCAAAGGCCAGCGACCUUUGCUUUGCCAAGCCGAGAAGCAGAUGAGCAAUGUUCUGAGACGUCUGUGCAAUCUGGCCACACUGGAGCUCAUGGAUUUGUUUUCAUCUGUAAGAGCUACAAAUAAAAAUGUGCCAUGUUCCCACUGUGGCCGGGAGGGAUCUGCAAAAUCCAGGAGCAAAAGACAGACUGAGCGGAAAGAAAGCACUAGGGAGAUGGCCACAAUGACUGAUCCUACUCCUGUGGCACAGGUGUUUCAGCAAAAUACAGUGUUGUCAGCAAAUGGCACAACAUUUGUUGGUGCUGCAGCUCCCCAGGGAGCUUUACAGGUUACUGGGCCAGAUCCAGUAUUCAGGGUACCCUUUGCUCCAGCAGUCAAACCUGUCUCCUCCAAGGAAGAGCAGCUGAGGCUGGAGGAGCAGCAGAGUUCUCGUAACCGCCUUCUAAAAAAACGAACUUUGAAUUCACGGACGAAGAAAGCGCCGCCCAUUAUUGUACAGAGGACUCUGCUGCCGAAAGUCAGCACUGGCCAAAUGGUUGCGUACAUUCAGCAGCCUGGCAUACAGUCAGUAGCAAGACCAAUGGUUGUUGAAGUAACGGAUGCCAACCUUGUUAAGAUGGCACAGCCUGUGAUCAACAUGAUGACACCGUCCCAGCCUGCUGCCAGUCAGGAGCACAAUCUUGAAAACUACUGUUCAGGAAGUGAUCUUUUAGCAUUAGCAGCUCAGAGUGCAGAG